GGAGCUUUCCCACCGCUCACUCCCUGUCUGGCUGCAGUUGCGUAGUUACAGAUUGGAGCUAAGGAUGGCGACGCUGGUAGUGGACCCGGAUCCUGAGCCUUCAUGUAGCAAGCUGAAUGCAUCUUCUUCAUCUUCGAGCCUUUCUCACAGGUUUCUAGAAAACAAGUUUUACCUCCUGGUAGUAAUUGGAGAAAUUGUCACUGACGACCACCUAAAAUGUGCUAUUACAGACGUAGAACAAGGAAUUCGAUCCUGGGACACAAACCUGAUAGACUGCAACUUGGAUCAAGAACUUAAACUUUUUGUUUCACGGCAUUCUGCACGGUUUUCACCUGAUGUUCGAGGUCAGAAGAUUCUGCAUCACCGCAGUGAUGUCCUGGAGACAGUGGUCCUUAUCAACCCUUCAUCAGAAGCAGUCAGUACUGAAGUCCGACUGAUGAUCACAGAUGCUGCUAGACACAAACUUCUUGUCUUAACCGGGCAGUGCCUAGAAAAUACAGGGGAGCUAAUUCUUCAGGCAGGAUCCUUCUCAUUUACAGAUUUUAUUGACAUCUUCACCGAUCAGGAGAUUGGUGAAUUACUGAGCACUACCCAUCCAGCCAAUAAAGCCAGCCUUACUAUUUUCUGCCCAGAGGAAGGAAACUGGAAAAACUCAAAUUUAGAAAGACACAAUCUUCAAGACUUCAUUAAUAUCCGACUUAACUCGGCUUCGAUACUACCAGCAAUGGAAGGCCUUUCAGAGUUUACAGAAUAUUUGUCAGAAUCAGUAGAAAUAUCAUCCCCAUUUGACAUUUUGGAGCCACCAACAUCAGGUGGCUUUCUGAAACUUUCUAAACCAUGCUGCUACAUUUUUCCAGGUGGGAAAGGGGACUCUGCUCUGUUUGCUGUAAAUGGAUUUAAUAUGCUAAUCAAUGGUGGGUCUGAUCGAAAAUCCUGCUUCUGGAAGCUUGUUCGACAUUUGGACAGAGUAGACUCAAUUCUGUUGACCCAUAUUGGGGAUGACAACCUUCCUGGGAUUAACAGUUUGCUGCAACGCAAGUUGUCAGAGAUGGAAGAAGAACAGUCACAAGGUUCUACAGCCAAUAGUGACUGGCUGAAAAAUCUUAUAUCUCCUGACUUGGGAGUAGUGUUUCUUAAUGUUCCUGACAAUCUUAAAAACCCAGAGCCAAAUUUCAGGAUCAGGAGAAGCAUAGAAGAAGCAAGUAUUACACUCCAUUGUCUAAAUAAGCUUUAUUUAAAACCAGAGCCACUUUUUAGAAAUCCUGGAAGUGUCAUUGACCCUAUUAUCUUGUUCCAGAAGAUGGGCGUAGGUAAGCUGGAGAUGUAUGUACUUAGUCCUGCAAAAAACAGCAAGGAACUACAAAACUUCAUGCAACAUUGGUCUGGAGUCACUCAAGCUACUGACCCUUCUAUUCCAUAUAUAGCUUCAAUUUCAUCUUUGAUUGUAUGGCACCCAGCCAACCCUGCAGAUAAAAUAGUCAGAGUUCUGUUUCCUGGCAAUGCAACACAGUACAGCAUACUUGAAGGCCUAGAAAAACUUAAACAUUUGGAAUUCCUGAAACAACCUGUAGUUACACAAAAAGAGCUUUUUGCUGAUUUAGCCCCCUCAGGAGUAAGGCAAGUUAAGUUAAAGAAAAGAGCUGACAGUAAAGAGAGCCUUAAGUCUUCCUCACCUGCCUCUUCAGUCAAAGGAAUCAAAAAGGAGACCAAAGAAGAAACAACAGAAGCAGUUAAAGUAGCAUCUGCUAACCUGUCUGAGAAAACCCAAAAGGCAGACCAAAAGGAAAAGAUUAAAAUAAAAAAAGAAAAGCAAAGGGUUGAACAAAAAACAGCAAUGGAAAAUGAUACAAAAAGUAAAGUGGAGCAAAUUCUAAAAUCUGAUGGUAUUAAUGAGAAGCAAACAGCUGAUAUCAAGCCCAAAGAUACAAAGGAAAAAACAGUUAAAAGGGACAUAAAGACAUCAAAGCAUGAAGAAAAGGAGAUAAAGAAAGAAGUAAGCAAAAAAGAAGAGAAAGCUAAAAAAGAGGACAUAGUUAAAAAAGAAGAGAAAACACCAACUAAAAAAGAAGAAUCUCAUAAAAAAGAAGAAAAAGUAUCAUUUAAAAAAGAUGAAGAGGUCAAAAAGGAAGAGAAGCCUAAAAAGGAAGAAAUGAAGAAGGAUUUUAGAAAAGAAGUGAAAAGGGAAAUUAAGAAAGAAGCAAAGAAAGAAAUGAAGGAAUCACCUCAAAAGGAAAUUAAAAAAGAAGCAAAAAAAGAAGAAAAGAAAGAAAUUAAGAAAGAUGAAAAGGACAUCAAAAAAGAUUUAAAGAAGUCUGCUAAAGAGACUAAGAAAACUGUUGCUCCCCAAGUUGAAGCUAAAAAACCUGUAAUGAAGCCAAAAGUACAGAAGAAAGAUGAGUCUGUCAAAAAAGACAGUGGCACUCCUGGUAAACCAAAAGAAAAAACAAAAGCUGUGGUGGACAAGAAGAACAAUAAAGCUGCAAGCAUUCCUGCAGCAGAAGCAGUUAUGGCAGCAGCUGCCAUUGCAGUCACUAGUGCAGCUGUAACUACAACUGCCACUGGCAUUGAGGCUGAAAGAUCAUUAAUGUCAUCUCCAGAAGAUCUAACAAAAGAUUUUGAAGAACUUAAAGCAGAAGAGCACAAGGAAGCACCAGCAGCAGAACGUGAAUCUGAGAAAGUUAAAUUAGAGCCGCCUGAAACUGAACAAAUUGAAGAACUUGAUCAGAAAGAAAUUUCGGGUGUUGAAGAACAAUCUGAGUCUCCAGAUGAAGGGAUAGCAACCACUGAAGUAGAGGGUGAAUGUGAACACACACCAGAGGAAAUAGAACCAGCAAAGAGUAGCAGCAUCUGUGAUAAUGAAAAAUUUGAAGAUGAAGGUACUGGUCUUGAAGAAUCCUCAGAAGCAGGUGAUUAUGAAGAAAAAAAUGAGACAGAGGAGGUUGAUGAGCUACUUGAAGAUUUGAAAGAAAAGGGAGUAAAUGGGGGCAUAGAUGGUCCUGAUCUUAAAGUUGCUGAAAUGAAGGCUGAUGGUAAUAUUUCUAAAGAUGAAGCACAAGUCGAAGAUCUUGAGAGUUUAGAAAAGGAAGAAUCUGAGGCAGAGACUGCAGAAAUUAAAAGUGAUAUGGAGACCAUUCAGAAGACAGACCUUGAAGAAACUGAGGAGGAAGAGGAAGAAGUAGAAGUUGCAGAUGAUAUUACAAGAGUAGUAAAGAAAGAAAUAAUUGAGACUAAUAUUCAUGGUGAAUCUCAUGCAUUUUCUGAAGACAGAUAUAUAGAAAUAGCUGAAGAAAAAUGUGCCUUCCCUGGGAGCACUUCUCCUAAAAUUUCUGCUGCUCAGUCUCCAGCUGUUGAACAAGGCUCUUCAAUACAUGAUGAGAUGCUACCUAUGGGCUCUGAAAGUGAGGCAACAGCUUCAGAUGAAGAAAACCAUGAAGAACCACCAGAAGACUUCACAGCAACCUCUGGUUUUACACACUCCACCAUUGAAAUAUCCAGUGAACCAACACCAAUGGAUGAAAUGUCAACUCCACGGGAUGUUAUGAGUGAUGAAACUAACAAUGAAGAAACAGAAUCACCUUCACAAGAGUAUGUAACCACUACAAAAGGAGGUAUUGUAGCCACUAGCUCAGAUGAUGAAAGAACUAAACCAUUGUCUCUUCCUGCAGUACUUAAUGGGUUUACAUCUGAUACUUCUAAAACAGAUAUAACUGAAGGUAGGGAUUAUGUUGCUUCUGCAUCAACACUUUCACCACCAUCAUCAUUAGAAGAAGACAAGACUAUCCCUGAUGCUCACCAUCUAAAAGAAACUGAUGUAUUGCAAGGGCAAAUAGGACAUUUAGAUGUCUCCAUUAACUUGAGAGAAACCACUGAUGAAGAACUUAGUCCAUCAAAGAGUCCAGAAUCCUCCUCGCCUCUUGCUAAGACACCUGUAAGUGAACGCAGUGUAAAUUUUGAUCUGACCCCAAGUGAGAUUAAGACAUCGCCAGACAUUGAGGCUGUGCUCUCAGAAACACAACACAAAACUCUUGAUGAGCGUUGUCCUAGUCCUGAAGAUAAAACUUUGGAAGUUGCCUCACCUCCUCAUUCAGGACCAGGAAGUGCAGGUCAUACACCUUACAACCAGUCUCCUUUGGAAGAAAAGUCCAGUCCUGUUACUAUUGAACUGACUGAAAAAGUUCCUAGUUCAGUUAUCUCCGAAAUGUUUGAUGAUGAAGAUAAACUUAUAACUCCAAAAAUUAGUCCAAUGGAUGAGCCUGUACCAGAUUCUGAGUCUCCUAUUGAGAAGGUCCUUUCUCCACUACGUAGCCCUCCACUGUUUGGUACUGAGUCAUCUCCAGAAAGAUCUCUGUUCACAGAUGAUAAAGAUACAAAGGAUUUAUUUGAAUAUUCCCAUAAAGAAAAAAGUGAGGAAGCACACCUGACCACAAGCUUGUCUGCAUUUACUGACUUUUCUUCCAUUCAGGUUUCUGGUGCAAAAUGUAGUAUCACAGAUUCAAAUGUUAUGCCAAGGAAGGAUAACUUUGACCUGGAAACCACAACAAAUGAACUUGCUUCUGUAAGUGACCAGCCCUCCAAUGCUUUGGGAAUGUAUAAAGAAGCAGUAGAGCUUUCUCCUGUAUCGGUAGAUAUAGGCCCACUAGGUCACUAUAAGGAAGACAGUAAAAUGUCCAUAUCCGAGGGCACAGCAUCUGAAAAAUCAGCUACACCAGUUGAUGAAGUUGCAGCAGAAGAUACCUAUUCACAUGUAGAAGGAAUUAUAUCGGUAUCCACUGCUUCUCUUGCUACAAGUUCCUUUCCUGAGCCAACAACCGAUGACGCAUCUCCAUCCUUACAUGGGGAGGUCGGGUCACCGCAUUCUACUGAAGUAGAUGAUUCUCUUUCAGUGUCUGUUGGACAAACAUCAACAACAUUCUAUGAAUCUGAACUUUCUCCUUCUAGAGAAGAAUGCCCAAGGCCAAUGUCUAUUUCUCCUCCAGAUUUCUCCCCAAAGACAGCAAAAUCAAAAACACCAGUGCAAGAAUUCAGAUCUCCUGAACAGUCAACUAUUUCAGUAGAAUCUGGUCAGGAAUCACCAGACCACUCCCUAGCAAUGGACUUUAGUAAACAGUCUCCUGAAUAUCCUGUUAUUAGCACUGCUGUGCCCACUGUGUCAGAAAAUGGACCUACUGAGAUUGAUUAUAGUCCUUCAGAAUUGCAAGAGCAUUGUUUUAUUCAACAAGAGUCGGCAGCUUUAGAUAAAGUGUUUCACAUUAAAGAAAGAGAUGUUCUGCAUUUAAUGGAAGAUUCACAAGGAGAUGUUUCACCUUCUACAUCAUCAAACCAUACACCUUCUCAAACUUCAUCGCCCUUGCAAGAACUGUCAUCAACAGGGAUUGCUGAGCAAAGUGGCAUAUCAUGCUAUGGCAUAAAACCAUCCUGGUCUCCAGAAGAUAUAUUUGACCAUGAAAAGACACCUACUCAAGACUUGGAUCUAUCACUUUCAUCUGCAAAGGAAAUUUCUCCUAUACAUUCACCAAAAUCAUUAGAUACAGAUGGAGGGCAUGAGGCCACUGUUACACGUCUCUCACCUUUACCAUCAACAUUAGGUUCUUCAGAAGAACCAUAUAUUAGUCAAACUGUAGGAUCAUGCUCUUCUUUACAGGACUCUUCCCACCUACACAUAGAGUUACUAUCAGAGCAUAUAGAUAAGAAUGAAAGUGUGCAGAAAAGUAAGAUGUCACCCACAGUGAAAGAUCUGCCUGAGCCAGGUGAUAGAUAUGCAGCAAGUGAAAAAUCUCCUUCAGGAAGGUCACCUUCCACUGAUGUUCGGCAGGGUGUUGAUUUAUGUCUUGUGCCUAGCUGUGAAUAUAGACAUCCAAGAACAGAACUGUCACCCUCGUUUAUCAAUCCCAGUCCAUUAGAGUUCUUUUCUCAUGAAGAAUAUUCUCAAAAUGAAAACUUACCACUAACACACUCUGGUGAAGCACCACCACCUCCUGGAGGGAAGCAAACAACUCGUCAGUGUGAUGAAACUCCACCAACAUCAGUCAGUGAGUCAGCACCUUCCCAAACUGAUUCAGAUGUUCCUCCUGAAACUGAGGAAUGCCCAUCUAUCACUGCAGAUGUAAACAUUGACUCUGAAGAUGAGUCAGAAACCCUUCCUACUGACAAAACACUGAUGUAUAAGCAUUUAGAUCCACCUCCUGCUCCAAUGCAAGAUCCAAAACCAUCUCCACCACAUCCUGAUGUUUGCAUGGUAGAUCCAGAAGCUCUGCCUAUGGAGCAGAACCUGGGAAAGCCAAUGAAGAAGGAUAUAAAGGAUAAGACAAAGGCAAAAAAGCAAGGCGGUAAAAUGAAAUCCUCCUCACCUGCCAGAAAAAGUGAUAGUAAACCAAAACAGUCAAGUCCUUUGGUAAAGCCCAAUGCAGCAAACAAACCAUCUUCUACAAAGAAGAAAGACUCUCCUGAAAAGGGUUCCAAAGUUAAUGCUAUGCCAGAGAAAGUGCCUUCAGUACCUGAUGACAGGGGUAAAGAUGCCAAGAAUGCAAGUAAUUCUACAGCUUCAAAGUCAGCAAAAAGUGCUACUGCAGGAUCUGGAAGCAGUAAAGCUUCAAAACCUGCAACUGUACCACCCGGACCUCCAGUAUACCUUGACCUUGCAUACAUACCAAAUCACUGCAAUGCCAAGAAUGUGGAUAUUGAGUUUUUCAAACGAGUGAGAUCUUCCUACUAUGUUGUGAGUGGAAAUGACUCAGCAGCUGAAGAGCCAAGCAAGGCUAUCUUGAAUGCUUUACUAGAAGGCAAGGCUCAAUGGGACAGCAACAUGCAGGUCACCUUAAUACCGACCCAUGACACCGAGGUGAUGAGGGAAUGGUACCAAGAAACCCAUGAGAAACAGCAAGAUCUCAACAUCAUGGUUCUGGCUAGCAGCAGCACAGUCGUAAUGCAGGAUGAGUCAUUCCCUGCUUGCAAGAUUGAACUUUAAAAAAAAAGGCUGCACAAAAGGCAAACGUAUACAAUUUCCUUAAGGAUUUUUUCAGCUGAAACAAUGUUUAUUUAAGUAAAUCCUUUACAAGUAAGACACACUGAACAGAUCUUAAGAGAACACCUGCCAAAUCUGUACUGUGUUAAUGGUGAUGCAAAUUGUUCCGUUACUUCAGUCCUCACUUACUACUAAGGCAAAUAAAAUAUUUCCACAAUAAGGCUUCAAAUGUAGUGACCUAAAUGUAAAGUGGCUUGAAGCUGAAUAUUAUAAACUGGGUCCAUGAAAACCCAGUCAUUUGCUUUCAUGGAGGAGUGUGUCCAUUUUAAGCCACUUUUUUCUUCCUCUCUCCUUCUGCGUGGCAGUUUAGUGCAUUACACAUUGCAGCGGUGCUUUGUCAGGCUCAUUGUAAAAAAUACCAAUACUAGUCAUGCUUCAGCACAACCAACAAGUGCUUACCUAGUUUUCCUUUGCAUUUGUUUAGCAUCUUAGCAGUGCAGACUUGUUAUUAGCAAAACAGUUUCAAAAAUAACAGUGAGUGAACCAGAAGGGAUAUUAUCUGAAUAAAUGUGGGUUGGAGGUCUAAGACCAAAGCCUCAUGGAUCUUAACCAUUCAUACUUCUCAGUCACCAUAGCAACUGUACUGUGCCAUUUUUAUCUGCCCAACCCAUACCAAUCUGCACUUCACAAAUUACACAUUUUAUAUAAAUGCACUGAAGAUUGGAGGCCUGCACUCUGAACCACAGUCAGAAGAAUUGACGACAAAUGUGUUGAAGCAAAAGACCAAAGGAGCUGGGAGUACAAAUGCAAGACAAUUUGCCUUAGAUUGCGACUUGAAUGUAAAAAUAAAAGCUACUUAAUGCACUUAUUUUUUAAACAGCCAAGUGUAUGAAACAUCUCCUUAGCACUGUUUUUACGACAGUAGUAACAGUGCGUGUGUGUGUGUGCAUGUGUGGUGAUACAUGUUUCCACUGAUUGUUCACAUAGUUAAGUGCUGUGUCACCUGUGGCUUCUCAAACUUUUUAUGAUAAAUGCACCCAGGCAGCAAUACAGACCCCCCCAAGAAAAAAAAGAAGUUCCUUUAUACAGUAAGGUACACAGUAUAGGAAAUGGUGUCUUAACAGUCAUCUGAACUUCACAUAAUACAGGACCAAGUGUACUGCAGGGAUACCAAAAUGAAAAGUCACAUGUAGUCCCCUUUCAUUUUGUUUUGUAUUAUGAAUUUUUUACUUUUUUUUGUACCAUACUGAAUUUUAAGGUUUACAUGCAAUGCUGAACAUGAUUUUGUUUAUUUGCAAUGUUAAGAAUGCACUUUCUUUUAUAUUGUUUUUAUAAAGAAUAUUUAUAAGAAACACUUCACAGUUUUAAGAUUAGAGUGUCGUCUAGAUUAGUGACUAACCCUUUUCUGCACUGAGUAUAAAUAACACUUUUUUUUUUCAAAGUAUGCCAAUGAAGGUAAGCCAUCAGAUAUAAAUGGGAACACAAAUUUCAUGGUGAUCUAAAGUCAUUUUUAUUUAAAUCCCUUUUUAAUGUGUUAUUCGACAACCAGAAAGUAAAAGUACAUCAUAAACAACAUCACACAAGCCUGAAAUAAGACAUUUUAAGUAUUAAGUCAGCUGCAUUACUUCAUUGGAUAAAUUAAUCAGUUGUUUCAAAUUUGGUUUGUAAUGAUCCAUAUAUUUUACUGAGGGCUUACUAAGCAAGUAGAUCCUGUUUCUCAUAAUUAUAUUUGUACGCAGACUAUUUGAGAAGGGCAGUACAAAGUUAACAGACAUAACUGAGCCUGUGUAACAAAACAUCGUUAUAAAGCAUUAGCCAUUCAUGACUCUGAAAAUAACAGAGGAGCCAGAUUUUAUACUGGUGGUUGCUUUAUGUAAUUUAAUUCAAGAGACAGCAUGGACUUGCUGUUUCAACAGCCUGUGAACACUAAUUCAGUGCGGUGGCUUAUACUGACCAUUUUUUUAGUCUCCCAUUCAGGCAGUAAGCAUAUUUAUUGAUGACCUCAGUUCUUUAUGUUAUUUAUUUUUAAGUGAAUGUGACAUCAUGUUUUAAGCUGCUUUCUUUUAUUAAUCAGCAUGACUGCCUAAACCAGUUUGGUUUUGCACUUCAGUGAUCUGAAACCUAGGAAUGUAGGCUUGGGUUUUAUAUGUGUAGUUUAUUCAGUUUGCUAAACUGGCUGUUUGUAUUAUGUUUAAUUUGCUAAAUACUACUAGUCUAUGUUUUUAUUAGACAAUUUUUGAUGACAGUUUUUAUAGUACAUUUUAUUAUUGCCUUUGAUCAACUGCUUUAUUUAAGAAGGUAUAAAAAAGACAGUUUAAAGUAAUGCACAGUACAUGAAAAGAGCUGCAAUGUCAUUUCAAGGCAUCUAGGAGAGUAUUUGUAAUACUGUUUAAUCCUGUUCAUGUCAAAAAUAAUUCCAGUCUCUUGUCCUUCAUGCUGUUAUAUUUAAUGUUGCCUUUUGCUGUUGUAUUUAUGCAGAUUGCAGACCAAUUUCUUUUAAUGUUUCAUCUUUUUAAUUAGAAUAUUUUAAUUUAAAACAGACGUGUAUAGAACAGAUGUGUGAAGAAACAUUUAUUUUAAUCAUUUGCAUUAAAUGGAGACAAUGCUUACUGAGAGCUGAUCACUACACCCUUUUGCUGGGUAUUUUACUAUACUGACUGUGCUUUAUGAGAACUAUGAUUGUAACUAGGGUGAAUGUUGCCAAGAAUGUGUCUGUGUCGUUUGUAAUAAUAGUGCUUUUUCUACAUUUGUUAUGGAUAAAUUGGUUCAUUUCAGCUGGCCUUUAUUACAUGAUCCUCACCUGUAUAUAUUAUGGAUGCAAAGUGAUUGAUCAAAGCUCAACUGAAGACUGCUUGGAUUAACUGAUUUGGGGUGUUAGGCAGUUCAACACACAUACAUACACACAGAUGCAUACACAAAAGGCAGUACAAGAAGCAGCAAUUGCUUCUCAAUAUUGAAGUCUAACAAUCGGCUAUCAUUAAUUCUUGCUGUUGUGAGCACUUCCUGUAAAAGGCACUUGGAAGUAACACUGUGCACCACCCUCCAGCCUAGUCAGAGCAGAGGUGCCCUUCAUAUACAGAAACAUCCUAAAUCUUUGUGUCUGCAGGUGGUUCAUUUGACUACAAAUUGGUUCAUCAUGACCCCCCACAGAUUUGACAGUUGUGAUCCAUUGAAAGGCACGUAUGCUUCUAGAGCUCAAACAACUCUCCCUUUAAGCUGGUACUGUUUUACCAUCUAUCCAGCAAGCUUCCCUUCUUAUUGCAAGCAUAAAGCACUCUUCUUCCACCUGAUAUACUGCCAUUUUAGAAAUGGGACUGUUGUGAUCCAACAGUCUAAGUCUGUAAAGCAACUGCAGGUGAAGGGGAUUAGCUGUGUUAUAUAGGAAGUGCUCAGUAACAGUUAUCACAAUACUGAUUUGCCAUAGUUCAUGAGCAGGAUUAAUUAUGGCUCAAGUGCACUAAAGGAACUAGAAGCUUCCAUUUGCAUUAAGCAGUUUAAUAAUUUGAAACAACAUUUUUGCUAGUAAUUCAGUGGUACUAUGAAAUCUUGUUUAAAGCAAAGUUUGUAGCUACAGCAUACUGCAGUGACUAAAAAUAAAUAAAAAAAGAAAAAAUACAAAUAGCUAUUGACAAAAAAAAUUUCUGCACUAAGUAAACUAUAUUCAAGAUCCAGGCGCUCCUUGGAAGUUCAGCCAGGAUGGGACUGUUGUUUCAUUAACUGUUGCUGAGUCUGCAGUAACUAACACCAUGCAUGCAGCCUUAUCCUCAAAACUGUGGGAACACCAGUCUUGCUGCUGGCCGAGAAGUACCUAACACCCCUCCAGCUCCCUUUCUCGUGCUCUGUCUCUCUCUCUUCUUCUGAAUGGUGUUUAUGUGUCUAACUGAAGUUGUGUAUGGUAUAUAUGUCUUAUAAUCAAGCAUAACUUUUUGCUUCUAUCCUAUCCAGUCAUAUCUAAUGUAGAGAAUAGUUUCCAGUGGAAGUAUUAUGUAGUGCUUUUACAAUAUUUGUGUGCAAUAUCUUCUUUCCCAUUACUAAUAUUUGAUGUAAAAGGAAACCAUUGAAAUGAUCUCCACAAUAAAACAACACUGGGAAAAAUGUC